UUUAUAGAAGCUAUUAUCUCUGCCGUAGUUUUAUCUUCUACCUGAAUAAUUUAUAACUAUUAGGAUGAUGCAGGUUUAUGCUAAUACGUUACUGCGUAGAUAUAGUUUUAAUUCACCGAUUUUACGAAGUUUCCAUCGUGGAAAAGUAUUUGCGACGAUACGAGGCUAUCCCUUGGAUGGGAUCAAGAUUUUGGAUUUAACACGAAUUGUUGCAGGACCGUACUGUACUAUGAUCCUUUCGGAUUUAGGAGCAGAAGUGUACAAAAUUGAGCGACCAUUUUCCGGUGACGAGUCCCGCAAAUGGGGACCUCCAUUCCUCGAAGGAUCGAAAGAUGCAGUUUACUUUAUGGCCUCGAAUCGUAACAAGAAAAGCGUUUGUGUAGAUUUGAAAAAAGGGCGAGAUGUAAUUUAUGACUUUGCUAGAAAAUGUGACGUCCUUGUCGAGAAUUAUGUUCCGGGAAAGCUCGAUGAGAUGGGACUUGGUUAUAAAGAUAUCCGGCAGGUUGCUCCUGAGCUCAUAUAUUGUUCAAUAACCGGCUAUGGUGCAAAAGGUCCUUAUAAAAACAAACCAGGUUACGACGUUAUAGCGGCUUCUAUUGGAGGUUUGCUACAUAUUACAGGAAGCGAAGACGGUGCACCAGCGAAGGUAGGAGUAGCCAUCACAGAUAUUGCUACAGGACUUUAUGCUCAUGGAGCAAUUUUAGCUGCUCUCUUACAGCGUACCAAAACAAAGCGCGGUCAAAAAAUAGACGUUGAUCUGCUAUCGACUCAAGUGGCCUGUUUGAUAAAUGUGGCUAGUAAUUAUUUAAAUGCAGGUAAAGCAGCGAGGCGUUGGGGAACCGCUCAUGAAAGUAUUGUGCCCUAUGAAGCAUUUGCGACUAGCUCUGGUCAUAUUACGAUUGGAUGCGGCAGUAAUGAGCAAUUUGUAGCCCUUUGUGAUCGACUUGGGAUACCCCAGAUAGCUGAAGACACACGAUUUGCUACUAAUCAGUCACGUGUUAAGCAUCGAAAAGAACUGAUUGGUAUUCUUUCAGCAAUAAUUCUUCAACGAUCGUCGGCUGAGUGGAUGACCAUCUUUGAAGGCGUUCCUUUUCCGGUUGGACCGAUUAACAGUAUGGCUGAAGUAUUCCAAGACCCACAUAUAAAAUCCAUCGAUAUAGUCAAAAGGUUGCCCCAUCCAACUGCUGGAGAAAUUAAGGUAGUUGGGCCUCCGGUCGUCUACAGCGAAGCAAUUAAUAUGGCUCGAAGCGCUCCGCCUUUGCUAGGAGAACAUACUGAGCAAAUUUUACGCGAGCUACUGAACUACAAUUCCGAGCAAAUUGAACGUUUAAGGCAAAAUGGAAUAAUUCAAUAA